AUGAGCACAGGCAGGUUACUCAGAACUGAGGCUUUAUCCUGGAUGUCGGAUGUGGACAAUGUGACUGGGGGCCAGUCCCAGGACUUGGUCCUGCAGCCUGUGUGGGACUACCUCCGCCAGAACCACCACGACCUCCUGAGGAGCCCUCUCUUCCCCGUGGUCCUCUCUGUCACCACCUACUUCUUCCUGGUUGGUCUUUACACUGUGUUGGAUCUGCUGGCUCCCACCUGGCCCUGCAUCAACCGCUGCAGGCUCCAUCCUGACAGACCAGUCACCUGGCCUAACAUCUGGACUACCCUGGGUCUCACCAUCUACAACCACCUACUUUAUAUUUUCCCUGCUGCAGUUGCCCAGUGGCUGUGGAGGCCGCCCACACCGCUGCCUCGUGAAGCACCCACUCUCUGGAGCUUCUUCCUGGGCAUCCUGGGCUGCAUGGUGGUCUUUGACUUCCAGUAUUACCUGUGGCACCUGCUGCACCACCGGGUUCCCUGGUUGUACCGCACCUUCCACGCCGUGCACCACCAGUACAACCAGCCCUUCAGCCUGGUCACCCAGUACCUGUCUGGCUGGGAGUUGUUCAGCGUGGGAUUUUGGGCUACAGUAGAUCCCAUCAUGCUCCAGUGCCAUUGCCUCACAGCAUGGGGCUUCAUGGUCUUCAACGUCUAUGUUUCCACAGAGGACCACUGCGGCUACGACUUCCCCUGGUCCAUGCACAACCUGGUGCCCUUUGGCCUCUGGGGUGGCACACCCAAGCAUGAUGCUCACCACCAGCGGCCCAGCACUAACUUCGCCCCAUUCUUUUCUCACUGGGACUGGUUGGGGGGCACCCACACUGUGCCAACUCCCUCCAGCCACGCUGCCACAGCAGAGCCAGACGAGAUGAAAGGGAGAAAAGACUAA